AUGCGCGAAAUUGACGAGAGCGUGCACUACUCACGGGACCAAGAAUCAAUCACGGUGCCGGUGAUGGUCAUAUCACUAAUUAAAAGAGACGGGCGGCGCUCGCUCGGCCACCAUGCGCCGCAGAUUUUCUUCAAGGCGAACGCGCGCCGAGGGUUCACGACACCCGCAACAAUCAAGGGCACCCGUAUUGCGGGCAGGGACGACCGCGUCUCGGCGGACGCGUGGUGGUGGUGGUGGUGGCGUAGAGCAGGGACGCGGGAGAGGGGGGAGAUCAACGAUUACGGCGAGGAGCGAGAACGAGAGAAAGCGGAUGGAGUGGGGAGGCUUGGCGCGCGUUGA